AUGGCUUGCAUCAUUGUCGGCCACGGAACAGCUUCCGCUCGACUCUUCACGGUCCUCGCGGGCCGUCGCAGCGCCUACUGGUGCUGUGCUGCAUGCGCACCAAAGGUCUUCGUGUGUGUAUUGGCCCUAGCGGUCGCUGUCCAUGCCGGUUACAUUGGGGGUGGCGGCGGUGGCUGGCCAAGCGGCGGCGGCGGCGGCUGGUCAAGCGGCGGCGGCGGCGGCGGCGGUGGUUGGAAACUAGGGGGUGGAGGUGGCGGCUGGUCCAGUGGUGGUGGCGGUGGAGGCUGGUCCGGCGGCGGCGGCGGCAGCGGCGGACAGGUGAAGAUUAUCAAAAUCAUCUCUACUGGCGGCGGCGGCGGCGGUUAUGGCGGUGGUCACGGUGGAUGGUCCAGCGGUGGCAGUAGCGGCGGCGGUGGCUGGAAACUGGGCGGUGGCAGCAGUGGCUGGUCUAGCGGCGGUGGAGGUGGUGGCUGGAAACUCGGCGGCGGCAGCAGCGGCUGGUCUAGCGGCGGUGGAGGCGGCGGCGGCGGCUGGAAACUCGGCGGAGGAGGCGGCAGCAGCGGAUGGUCAAGUGGCGGCUCCUCGGGCUGGUGGUGA